AUGAGACCGCCAUCAGGGCUGGGAAGAAUUGACGAAGAUGAAGAAGGUUUUGGAGAUUCAUUUCAGUCAUUGUGGAGCUUUUCAAUUUUAUUGAUUGCUAGAAACAAAGGGAGAAAGAGUACGAUAGGUUCGUGGAAAGACGGAUUUGAUGUGGCUGAAGAUUACCAUGUGGACGAUAAUAACACGUACAGAAUAUAUGCAGCAGGCAAGGAAGGACCGAUCGUGUUUUGCAUUCAUGGAGCUGGUGGAAGCGGGCUGAGUUUUACUCUCCUUGCAAAGUAUUCCAAAGGAUUUUGCCGAAUGUACGCACCUGACUUACGUUGUCACGUAGGGAACACUCACGUAGAGAAUGAGUCUGACCUUUCUGCAGCCACCCUCACCAAAGAGUGUCUCUUGUUACUUAAUCACAUUCUUCCCGACACUCCAGAGAACAAGAACAUUCCCAUUAUCCUCUUUGGUCACAGUAUGGGAGGCGGUAUCGCUGUUCAUGUCGCUAACGAUCCCUCGAUUCGCGAUCGCAUUCGCGGCCUCAUCGUCGUAGACGUCGUCGAAGGCACUGCGUUGGAAUCGCUUCCCGUGAUGAUGGGAGUACUGCGGAAGCGACCCACCGAGUUUUAUUGUUACGAGGAUGCAAUUGAUUGGAGUGUCGACACCCAUCUCCUGCAUAAUCGUGCCUCCGCAUGCAUUUCCAUUCCCGAUCAAUUGGUGAUGGAGAAUCACGUUCUCCGCUGGCGAACGAAUUUGUUUGACACAGAAAAGUAUUGGAAGGGGUGGUACGAAGACAUGUCGAAUCGUUUUCUUCAAUCCCCUGCGAUAAAAAUGCUGAUCUUAGCGGGAAGAGAGAGAAUGGACACUCCGCUGAUUAUUGCACAUAUGCAGGGAAAAUUCCAACUGGUAUUGCAGAACGGUAUGGGACACUAUAUUCACGAGGACGCCCCGCAAGAGAUUUCGGACGUUUUACAGCGCUAUCUGAGAAGGUAUGGCUUCCUUAUUCAAGAAGGCGCGAAGAACGGAUCAAAUGGUAGCCUCUUCCACACACUGCAAUUUCCUUAAAAAGA